CUACAGUCUGGCUUUGGCUACACAGGCGGCCGCUCAAGGUGUCAUCCAUUCUGGCAGGGCAAGCUUCGCUCGGUGGCAGAGUUUACAAAGUGCUACAGUCAAGCGGACGAGCCACUCGACUGUCUGCCCCAGAAGGAAGACUACCUCGAAUGCCUGCACCACAAGAAAGAGAUUGCGAGAGCGCAGACGAUCAAGCAGACCUACCUGUCACACCAGGGGAAGGAGGUAGCCAGUAGAAAGGCAGAGGCAGAAGUAGCCGUAGGCAGCGGCAUCAUCUCUAGCUUAGGCCUGCUCGACACGAGCAAGGACGAAGAGGAGCCAGAG